AUGAGAUUUCGGCGAGAGGAACGGCGCCGGGGAGGACGAGUCUCUUGCUGGAUCUGCACCACGGUUGUGAUAGCGCGAGCAAUCACUGGUGCACACGGCCAAUCCACCGUAUCGGUUUACAUACCCGGCUACGGGGAGGCUCACUGGGCUGCUCUUCGCGGCAGCAUCAUUGGCAGUGACCAAUCCGCAACAACCUACACGGUCUUUUGUGCUGAGAAGGCGCCAAGUUGUCAGAUUGCUGGCGACCUUCCCUUUGUCUUCACGGAAGGGCCAGGGACUUUGAAAUACGGUGGCGUGGCCCCUGGGACACUAACGGCCGAACUUGAAUGCAACUUGGACGGCACAACGGCCGCAACCUGCACAGGAUCGUCAUCCUUCGGGGCCAACCAUUGGGAGGGCACCAUCACGGGGCCGACGCAGACUGUGUGGACGGAGACUUUCACAACGCCCGAGGUAACAUGGGGCGCGUUGACUUUGACAACACCGGGUCCGUUACCCAACACGAUUGACAUUGACGGGACACCAGCAGCAUCGUUGACGAACUCGCCUGUCAAGGGCGCCGGUUUUAGCCUGGACCCGGUGAGAGCUAGCUGGUUGUCGGGCGUCUCAUCUGGGGCUGUUAUUUUGUUUGUUCUGACAUUCAUGUAA